GGCAAAAACCAGUUCACUCUAAUCUUGGCAGGUUACUGCUUGCUGUCGGUUCUUAAACCCUUUGGCCCACGGCCAUUGCUCCACUCUUCUCCAGAUUGCAUUGCAUUGUCUUUCAGACUGUAGUGGUUGUCGGUUCCUUGAUUUCCUUGAUCAUGUCUUUGCCGCUUUCCAAUGAUGUUCUCCUCCUGGUCGGGGAGUUUCUGGAAGACCACCAAGAUCGGUAUAACCUUGUCUUUGUAUGUCGACGCUUCCAUGACCUCUUCCUGCGUUUAGUCUAUAGGUGUGCGGCACUCAAGAGUUGUGCGCAAACCCAAUCCUUCUUACAUGCUAUUCUCCGUAAGCCCGAGCUGGCUCGGUCAGUGCGGAGCUUGCAUUUUGAUGAUUGGCAACAACAUCGUUCCUUUUCUUCUUCUCUCUCUCCGUCCGAGCAAGACAUGACAUCAAUGAAUAAAUGGGCUGCGACUAUUAGCCAUUCCCCUGAGGAAUAUGUCAAAUGGAAGCAGGAUCUUCUCCAAGGCGUUGAGGAGGCCUGGAUAGCGCUCCUUUUACCUUUGGUGAACAACCUUAGAGAGCUGCGAUUGGUAUACCCGAACAAAAAUGCCUACCUGGAUCGGAUGCUGCAGAGGGUCAUGAAGGGCGAGAAACCCUUUGAUGUGCAGCCCGCAUUCAGCAUGUUGCAAACGGUAUCUCUCAGCCAUCAGGAUUCUGAGGAGGAUACCAAAGGCAGUUAUAUGCCAUCACAGAUCUUUCCCUUUUUCCAAUUACCGUCAAUGCGGACAUUUUCAGCGGAUUCGGUGAUUGAGCCUAGCCCUCCGCAAGAAGAUGAGCACACAUCAACAGCCGAGGCCCCCGUGGCCGGGUCCUCUCUGAUCUCAGAGAUUACUCUCAACUCCAGCAAUGGCUCCCAAGGGAUGGAGAACUUGAUUGCUUCAUGCUCCUCACUCAAGUCUUUCAAGUAUCAACACUCUGAUUCACACCUGCUUGCCGAGGGCUUCCAGCCGUCCGCGUUUUACCGGUCGCUGGCAGGCAGUAAGAACAGCCUACAUACCCUUUGGCUUGAUAAUUACGGGAACCAUCUGCCAUUUACUAUUUCCGGGGUUAAUGAAACCCACGACGAAUGGUUCGGUAGCUUGGCAGAGUUUACCGCGUUGAAAGACAUUCGUAUUCGCCUACCCAACCUGCUUGAUAUCCGAUACCAACCCGAGCCCUCUACUGUGCUUACCGAUAUUUUGCCGCCAUCGGUGGAGUCGCUCUACAUUGAAAGUUGCAAAGAGAACACCCUGGGAAUGUUGAUUGGGCAGCUGAAAAUGGUGCUCAACAAGCGACAGACCCACUUCUCUGGAUUGCGACGCUUGGACAUUGAGGGUUUCUUCCAUGAUGAGGAAGAUGAAGACGCCUCGGGGUACCAGGAGAGCGCGGCUACUACCGGGGGCCAGAAGGCUAUCAAGCAGCGAGUAUACGAGAUGGCUGAGCCACUCCGGGCGGCCUGUGCUGAGGCUGGCAUUGACUUGUUCCUCCGCGACCGUGUGGUUUCCUGAUGACAUCACCAUAUUUGCAUCUCAUUUAUAGACGGAUAGACCGUGCUUUUCUUCUUUUUGCUUGCCUAAUACC